AUGAGACCAUUCCAACUUUUGUCUGCUAUUGCAAUCUUCCUUAGUUUGGAGACAGUAGAGGCUGCAGCUUAUUGGAAUUGCAAUGGUACUCCAAUUCCAGAUGAGAGGGCUCGAUCUGCGGCAAGAUUGGCCUUCAGUUUUGUACCAAAUACUGUUCAUGGUUGCCCCUCAGUUUACCGAGUAGAAUAUCCAGGGGUUGAAUUUGGGACACUACGAACAUUUCCUAUAAAAAAUUCUGAUGAGAGCUGGCAAGGGGGAAAUGUAGACUACUAUGUUUUGGCAAACAUCGGAUUGUCUGUAAUGGAAGUUUUUGUGGUAGAAGCAAAUAACAAAAGGUGUACGAAAGUUGCGGGCUAG